AUGGAUUACAAUGAUAUGAAAAGUUAUGAUAACCCUCCGGCUAUCGUAGCUGCCGACUCCAUGCCAGUUUCCGACACAUUAGGGAAAGAGAUGGACGAUGCUCAUUUCGACGAUAAGAAGCCUAAGGAUGUUGUCAACAAGAAAAGGCAAGAAAAAAUGUCAGCCAAGCAGGUACUAAUGGCUUCAAGACUCAAACGUGAUGCCAGAUCAGAUUCAGCUCAUUUCUUGUUCGAAAUCAUCAUGUAUUCCAUAUAUCUGGUGGUUUUAGUUUACAUUGCUUUCGUAAACACUUCAUCACAGAAAUUUUUUUUUGCUAAAUCCGUCAGUAAUGCAUUUUUAUAUUCAACAAGUGACAGCUCUCUCACGUUCGACGGCAUCAAAGAUAUGGAUGCUAUUUGGGAAUAUUUCAAUAAGAUUCUCAUAAAAGGUUUGUACUGGGACAGUACAACCUAUAAUAUAUCCACGGAGGAGGGGAUGGUGAUGUAUGAAAACAAACUGUUGGGUCGGCCAGUAAUUCGGAUGCUUAAAGUUCAUAACAAGUCUUGUGUAGUUCCGGAAAGCUUUUCAAGAGAAAUUAAGCAGUGCUUCUCGAAUUACAAAGAAAAACAUGCGGAUAAACUCAGCUUCGGAACGGAAAAUAUGAACUUUGAAUGGAAAUCAUCAGAAGAAUUAGAAACGUCUUCAAUCAAAGGAGUCCUGGGAACUUAUGAUGGCAGCGGUUUUGUUGUUCCUUUGCCAAAAGAUGAUGCUGAUGAAGCUUAUCAGAUUAUUUCUGAGUUAAAGAGUAUGAGAUUCAUCGAUCGAGGAACUAGGGCCCUAAUCGUCGAUUUCGCUUUGUUCAAUGGAAAUGUUAAUAUUUUCAUUAUUGUUCGACUGCUAUUUGAGUUGCCAGCAACUGGAGGAGUUAUGACAACAUCCAACUUCUACACUUUUUCCUUGUUUCGAUAUACGGGAACCGGAGGAUAUAUAUUGGUUGGCUUGGAAGGAGCUUUCAUGGGAUUUACACUCUUUUUACUCGUUGAAGAGCUUUUUGAGAUUGUGCGAUCUGGACUGCGGUACUUCACCAAACUUUGGAAUUUGUUCGAUGUAGCCAUCAUUUCCUUAUCAAUUGCAUGUUUCAUAAUUUCUUACAAAAGGACAAAUAUAGUUGCUGAUCGAAUCAAUAGCAUUCUCAAAUCCAAUAUGACCCAAGCAACGAUGGAUGAUGUGGUUUCGGCAGAAAACACUUAUCACCAUAUCGUUUCCAUCAUUCUGUUUUUAUCAUUCAUCAAGGUUUUCAAAUACAUCUCUGUUAAUCAGACAAUGUCUCAACUCUCUGACACCCUGUCAAGAUCUUCUAAAGACAUUGGAGGGUUCUUCGUCAUGUUUUCCGUGUUUUUCUUCGCCUAUGCCCAGUUUGGCUAUCUUGUUUUUGGAACCCAGAUAGAAGAUUAUUCAACAUUUGUUGGAGCCAUCUUCGCUUUACUUAGAAUCAUUCUGGGAGACUUUGAUUAUUUGGCAUUAGAAAGGGCAAACAGAUAUUUGGGACCGGCCUUCUUCCUGACCUACGUUUUCUUUGUUUUCUUCGUUUUAUUGAACAUGUUUUUGGCCAUUAUCAAUGAUUCCUACGUACAAGUAAAGACAGAAUUGGAGAAGAAGAAAACAAAACGGAGUUUGUUCGAUUGGAUAAAAUCGAAAUUCAACAGAAUGGUUAGCUCAAAGGCUCGAAAUGAACGUCCAUCCAGUCCAGAUUUGGGCAUAACAUUCGAUGACUACAAGAACGAACUACUCAAACUCGGAUACAAGGAGAAAGAUAUAACAGAUGCUUUUAUCAAACUUGAUAUCUCAUCGGCAGAUCUAAUUAAUGAAAGGACGAUGGACGGAGUUGCGAAUGAGAUGCAAACAUUGCUCGAACGACGACGAGAAAUUGAUGAUAAUUAUCGAAAUCACAUAAUUGUGAAUAGACGGAUUGAUGCAUUGCAGGAAGUGCUCUCUACUUCUGUCAGUCGAUUUGAAUUGAUCAUGACAAGGAUAGCUGAUAUUGAACACAAAAAAGUGUUAGAGAAAGAAAAAGAAAAUAAGCUUUUGAUUCAGAAUUAUUUGGCUAAGAAGUAG